GUCACUGUGCUGCAUCCCCCGCCGUCCGGCUCCGGGGACGUUGGGGCGGAUCGAUAGCCGCCUCGGUUACCGCUGCAGUGAGCGCGCCGGUCGGAGGCUGCAUGGAGGCCGUCCAUGCAGCAGUACCGCCGGCGGUCGGUAGAUGGUGCGCGCCGCGGCGCCGGCGGCGCUCUCUGCAGCCUCCACACCGCGCACGGCGGCGCGCGACCUUGGAGUGACCGCUCGGCCGUGAACCUGGGGAUUGCAGUGCCGGAGACAACACUGCGAGAAUCGAUAGAAGUGGUGACGCGUCUCCUGAUUUUGCACCUGUGUGAAAAGACGACCGUGAUACCAGGAGUCUAAAUCGAUCGACAAGUUUUGUGAGCGUAGCAUUGUGAAGCCACAUCUGUUUGCGGCUGCUGUUUUUGUCUACUGUUGUGGUGCGAAUCUGCGCGGUGGAAAGCGUCAGCUGAGUCGUCUGGGAAGUCUGUGUGACAGGCAGCCGUACGAGCGGCGCCGACUGUCCGGGGCUAUCGCGGCCGGCCGCGCCGCCGCAGUCCGCGCCCCGCGUUUCCGCGCUCCGGUCCGUGUCCGUCCGCUCUCCGCCGUCAUGUCCCGCCCCGCCGUCCUGCUGGCCCCGCUGGCGGUGCUGCUGGUCAGCCUGCCGGCCAGCUCCGCCAUCAGCUGCUACAAGUGUACCGACCUGCUGGACGUCGACACGGGCGACAGCUCGUUGGCCAACACAUUCGACGACAUCUUCAAGUCGAUCAGCUCGCUGACGGGGCUAGCGCCGUGCUCUGAGUUCCGGCCCAAGGACGCCCGGUUCCGCGCCGACGACUGCACGCUUGGCAGCUCCUGCGUCAAAAUGGUGCUCAGCGACGGCAAAACGACCCGCUCGUGCUCGCCGCUGCCGCAGGAGGACGGCUGCACCAAGAGAGACGGUGCCAUCGCCUGCUCGUGCUCGUCGGACUUUUGUAACGCGGCGGGUCGAAGCUCGCCGGCGCUGCUGCUACUGCUGCUGCCGGCCGCCCUGCUGGCGCUGACCACCGGCCGGCUGUGAGCAGCAGAGCGCUGACCGGCCGGCCGUCUGUGAACAGCAGCUGUGACUUGUGAGCAGCAGCUGCUGACCGGCCGGCCGACUACUAUCGAGAGCAGCUGCCGAUCGGCCGGCCGGCUGUGAGCAGCAGCUGCUGACCGGCCGGCCGGCUGCUACCGACAGCAGCUGCUGACCGGCCGGCCGGCUGCUACCGACGGGAGUCCGCCAGCAGCCGUCAGCUACUCCGCUACCGCCGUCACCAUGCGACGCGGCGGCGACCGGACCUGCUUGUAAGAAAUCCAGCCCGUCAUCAUAUUUCUGUGAGGUGUUGGGAAAAGUUUUUGAGUUGGGUGCUCUCCUCUGAAAGAUGUGUUCCUUUUCUAAGCAGUGCGCUGAUGCACCAACCGUUCUUGAUGUCUGUAGAAGGUAAUGCUUUUAGUUGAGUUGUACUUAGACCUUUUUCAUGUAACUCAGUCUUUUUGAGCUGGGUUUCGAUGUUUAAAUUUUGUAUACAUAGUUGGGAAACGGAACAUAUCCAUAUUGAACUCGCUGAAAUGUUGUGAUAUUGAUACACGUUUUCCAAACGCAUCCAGUUAGGUACUUAGGGUCACAUUCGGUACUUAGGGUCUGUAAGGUCUGUAAAGACCACAAAUUGAUCAUCUAUACCGCUACUUCCGGGAUGGAUGUUAGCAAAGGCUUACCGUGUGUAUAUGAACCAUGCAUGUGAAAUAUGAGCUUAUUCAUUCGUCAGUGAUUGUAUUCAUUUCAAUAAAAACUUAAAAUAUCAA